AUGGCCGACAUCAUAUCGAACGAGCUCGAGAGAGGCGACAGCGUCUCCACGUCGGCGGAUAUCGAGAUGAAGGCGCGAGUCGAGCAGCAUGAGCAAGCUGGGCAAGUCAAACUCGCACCGUUGUUUGAAGACGAGGAGCUCAAUGUCAACUUUCUCGAUGACAAUGUCGAGGCGCUCAGAGGGCAGAACCUCGACUUCACCGAGGAAGAGCACAAGAAGCUUCUCCGGCGACAGGACAUGAUCCUCCCUCCUCUCAUGGCCAUGGGUAUCGGCAUGCUUCUCGUGGACAAGAAGGCGAUCGGAAGCGCCGCCACACUCACGCUUCAGGAAAACCUGCACCUCCAUGGCUCCCAGUACUCCUUGGCAGUCUCAAUCUAUUUCAUCGGCCUUCUCGUUGGCCAGUAUCCAGCCAAUCUCCUGAUUCAGCGCUACCCAACGAACAAGGUUGCCGGCAUCGCCGCGAUGCUCUGGUCUUUCGUUGUGCUCGGCACCAUGGGUGUGCAAAAUGGGCCUCAGCUUUUGGCUACCCAGUUCCUGCUGGGUCUCUUCGAAUCACCGCUUCUCCCGUCCUAUACCGCGGUCACGUCUCGCUUCUACCGACCCGAGGAGCAGCCAAUGCGAUUCGCAUUUUGGAACCUGGGCAAUACGCUCUUUCCAAUCCCCUUCUUUCUGACCUACUACGGCCUUGGCAACACCCACACUUCGAUAGAUGCCUGGCGCUGGAUUUUCCUCCUUCUGGGUCUAUGUAGCAUGGUCUCGGCAGUGCUCAAUUAUCUUUACCUCCCGGACAAGCCGUCAACAUGCCGCUGGCUUACGCCCAGGCAGCGAGCACUUGCCGUGAUACGCAUGGCAAAGAGCCAGACCGGAAUAAAGAGCCAUGUUUUUCGCUCGUAUCAAAUCAAGGAGGCUCUUCUCGAUCCCAAGUGCUGGAUGCUCGGCUUGCUCUUUGCGUUCCAACAGACCCCGCUGGUCCUGGGCACCAAUUUUUCCGGCCUCACCAUCAAGGGCUUUGGAUAUACCGGUCUUCAGGCUUUGCUCCUUCAGAUUCCCCAGUGGGCGCUCGGCUCCAUUGGAUGCUUAGCCGUCGGUUGGCUUUGUACCUACGUCAAAUUCUUUCAGGACAAGAAAUCCUUAUGCAUCGCCGCAAUUGGCUGCGUCAUGAUCGUCUCCUGUGUCAUGCUGCACUGGAAUAAUCAAGCGUCCAGCGGCGUCCGAUCCAAAGCCAUCGGUAUGGUGUUCAUCACCAUGAUUGACCUUAACCUUGCUGCGUACUCGAUAAUUCUUGCACUCUUGGGUCAAAACAUUGCCGGGACGACUAAGAAGCAGGUCACAAUGGUCAUUACCUUUAUUUUCUACUGCCUCGCCAACAUUUGUAUCCCCCAAUCUUUCCUUUCUAGCCAAGCACCCCACUACCAAACGGGACUUAUUACUGUGCUCUCCACGCAGGUAGUCUAUAUCAUUAUCUGUGUUGCGUGGUACGUUAUGCUUAAAGUGGAGAACCGCAGACGGGACAAAACACAGGGCCGACAGGGCCUCUCGGACCCUGUUAGCGACGAGGAAAUCAGGGCGAGGAUAUCAGCAGGUCUGCAAGAUGAAACGGACAAGAGAAAUCCAUACUUUCGGUACAAAGCCUAG